GACAGGUCAACUUAAUCCUCCUAUAGACGUAUUAUUCUAUUAGCGGUUAAGUUAUUCACUUUUUUAUUUACCUCUACCAAAUACCAAAUUGGGAUACAAUCCUAUUCAAACCGAUAAAACAAACACGCCCUACAUGGUCAGGAGUAUAGGAGGAGAAUUAUUGGAAAUGGAAGGGAGCUCAUCCAAAGCAAGAAUAACCAACCGUUUACAGGCCGUUAAGUGCUACUCCGGCAAGUCUUACAGUCAGAUAGCGAAAGAAACCGGGCUCACAAACGUCUAUGUAGCCCAGCUUCUUAGACGCCAAGCCCAGCUCAAGCCCGAAACCGCUCCCAAACUCCGAGCUUCAUUGCCGGACCUCACUGAUGAACUCGUCGACGAGAUGUUGAAGCCUCCAUUGAGGUCUUACGAUCCCAAUUUGAUCCAAGAACCCUCUGUUUACAGGUUGAAUGAAGCUGUUAUGCAUUUUGGUGAGAGCAUCAAGGAAAUUAUCAAUGAGGACUUUGGCGAUGGCAUCAUGUCAGCUAUAGAUUUCUACUGCUCAGUCGACAAAGUCAAAGGUGCAGAUGGGAAAGAUCGUGUGGUUGUGACGUUUGAUGGGAAAUAUUUGCCAUAUACUGAGCAGAAAUUGGAGCACAUGGUUUCAAGGUUGCCAGGAAGUCAGUGAACAGCCUCAUGCCCGGCAGUUGUUGUAAACUUCUUUUCCGUUUUAUCAAUGAACUCUCUACAUUUUUACCUAAUCUAUGUGACAAGGAUUCGUGCACAACAUUUAUAGGUCUAUUGUUAUAGUAUCUUAUAAUAUUUAUAUUUCCUUUUUCACUUUGAAGAGAACAAUAACACACAUCAUUUGUAAUGUGUGGCUAUAUCUGAAAUAAGCUGUUCACCUGUGAAUACUGCUAUGCUCUUAGUUACAAAUAUAAUAAUAGCUAGGGAAUUUAUUCCCAUCUUCAACUGA